AUGGCUGAUGAAAUUGCAUCAGCAAUGGAGCAGGAAAUGGUGGAAGAACAGGCUAUAAAGUGCCCAAGGCCUUCAGCAAAGAGGCAAAGGAAAGGAUCUCCUGACGCCCGAGAAGAAGCAGAUAAAGAACGUGUAGACGAUAGUCUUCUGCAAGAUGCACGUAGAAUCAAAGAAAACAUCAGGGUCUACAUGAACGCAACAGACAGGAACGUGAGUGCGAAGGUACAAAAGCACGUUAAUGGGAAAAUGCAGCAGUUAAUAGAUAUAAUGGAGACAAUAUAUGAUAAGAACUAUGAAAAAACGUUUUUAGUACAACGUGUGGUAAAGGACACAUUAGCUUCCUCUGAAAUGUAUGAUAUCAUAGUAAAUGCAUUAGUGGAAAAAGCAGUACCUAUGGUUAUCGAGGGACUCAAGUCGGAAAGUAAAACCAUACAAAGACCACUGUCAGAACCUCAGACAUCUCGGGAGUUUCCAUGCGUUAAAGAACAACCGCUAUUAGCCGAUGCCCACGCUAUUAUUGAGACCACGGAGAAUGAAAGUUUCCAGGAAGCGGGGCUUUAUGGUCAUGUCCAAUACGAAUUCCUCGUGUUCAGGCCCUGCGGAGGUAUUCCGGAAUUGUCCCUAGUGAGAGAGGUAGAUCUCGUUAGCAGGUAG